CCGGCGGGCCCGGAAAGGAGGAGACUACAGAGGGCAAUGAGAAAGGGACGGUGGUCUUAGGCUAGCCCGAGACUGCUCUUGACUUCUUUUGCUCGUUUCUGAGGGUGUCAUCUGGCUCAAGGCUGGCCAUGGUCCAACGAUGGCCUCAGAGAACCGGCUGCCCCUUGGGGACUUUUAGGGGAACUUGGGAUUUGGACCCCAGGAGCCGGGUUUCGGCCAGCAUGGCCCCCUCGCUAAAGCAGGCGUACCGCAGGCGCUGGUGGAUGGCCUGCACUGCUGUGCUGGAGAACCUGUUCUUCUCCGCCGUCCUCCUGGGCUGGGGCUCCCUGCUGAUCAUGCUCAAGAAGGAAGGCUUCUAUUCCAGCUUGUGCCCAGCUGAGAACACAACUAACACCACCGGGGAUAAGCCCCACCAGUGGCCCAGCUGCGCCCAGCAGGAUGAGAUGCUCAACCUGGGCUUCACCAUUGGCUCCUUCCUGCUGAGCGCCACCACCCUGCCCCUCGGGAUCCUCAUGGACCGCUUUGGCCCCCGGCCCCUGAGGCUGGUGGGCAGCGCCUGCUUCGCUGCCUCCUGCACCCUCAUGGCCUUGUCUUCUCGGAAUACUGAAGUCCUGUCUCCACUGAUAUUUCUGGCGCUGUCCCUGAAUGGGUUUGCUGGCAUCUGCCUAACGUUUACCUCUCUCACUCUGCCCAACAUGUUUGGGAACUUGCGCUCCACUUUCAUGGCCCUCAUGAUCGGCUCCUACGCCUCUUCUGCCAUCACUUUCCCAGGAAUCAAGCUAAUCUAUGAUGCUGGAGUGUCCUUCGUGGUCAUCAUGUUCACCUGGUCUGGCCUGGCCUGCCUUAUUUUUCUAAACUGUGCCCUCAACUGGCCUGCAGAAGCCUUUCCAGCCCCAGAGGAAGUUGAUUACACGAAGAAGAUCAAGCUCAUUGGGCUAGCCUUGGACCACAAGGUCACGGGAGACCGCUUCUUUACCCAUGUGACCAUCGUGGGCCAGCGGCUGAGCCAGAAGGCUCCCAGCCUGGAGGAGGGGGCUGACACCUUCAUCUCAUCCCAGGAUAUUUGUGGCAGCUCAGAAAAGCUUCCUGAGAAGUCUGUCCCCUUCCGCAAGAGCCUCUGCUCCCCCAUUUUCCUGUGGAGCCUCGUCACCAUGGGCAUGACACAACUGCGGGUCAUCUUCUACAUGGCCAUCAUGAACAAGAUGCUGGAGUUCCUCGUGACGGGUGGCCAGAAACACGAGACGAGUGAACAGAAACAAAAGGUGACAGAGACAGUUGGGUUCUACACCUCCAUCUUUGGGGCUAUGCAGCUGCUGUGUCUUCUCACGUGUCCCCUCAUCGGCUACAUCAUGGACUGGCGGAUCAAGGACUGCGUGGAUGUCCCCACUGAGGGUGCUCUGGAUGAGGGCACUGCCCCUGGAGAUGCCAGGGAUGGGGCUUCUACCAAGUCCACCAGACCACGUUACCGCAAAAUCCAAAAGCUCACCAAUGCCAUCAAUGCCUUCACCUUGACCAAUAUUCUGCUCGUAGGUUUUGGCAUCACCUGCCUUAUCAGCAACUUACACGUCCAGUUGGUGACCUUUGUGCUGCAUACCAUGGUGCGUGGCUUCUUCCACUCCGCCUGUGGAGGCCUCUAUGCUGCAGUGUUCCCAUCCAACCACUUUGGGACACUGACAGGUCUGCAGUCUCUCAUCAGUGCUGUGUUUGCUCUGCUCCAGCAACUGCUUUUCAUGAUCAUGGUGGGCCCCCUGCAAGGAGAUCCCUUCUGGCCAAAUCUGGGCCUCCUGGUUCUUUCAUUUCUGGGAUUCCUGCUGCCUGCCUACCUCUUCUACUACCGAACCCAUCUUCAGAGAGAGUACGCCACCCACUUUCCAGUCUCACAGAAGGCGCUCAAUGACUCCAAGGUGGCUGCAUAGACUCCCCAGGCCAAAGGAGCUGGAGGACAGGCAACCAAGGCCCGAAUAAGCACAGGGACUGCCCUGGCUGGGUCUUACCUGCAACCAUGCACAGAGCCGGGGCUGUGGAUUUAUAAAUACCAAGAGAAGUUCCAGUUUUGUAGGGACUUAAGGGGGAAAAUUCCCUUAAAUAUAUCCCCCUGAGCAACCUUUUCACUGACUGCAGGCAACAUUUAGUCUGGAAACAUUGGGCCUUCUUCCUGCACUGGAGGACCAGCCUGUGGGACUGCCCUUCCUUCCUCUGUGGAGCUGCCUUCCGAGGGCUUAUGGGAUCAAAGAACAGACCGUCGGGUGGUUCUAGCUGCUAAAUGCACAUGAGUGUGUGUGUGUGUGUGUGUGUG